AUGGCGACGGUGGCAUCUGUUCCUACAGAUGGGGAUGUGGUGCCAGAGGAUGUAAAUGUCCUGGUACCGAAGGAAGAUGCACCCGGCCCCCAACCCUGGCAAUCCAUGAAGAUCUUGUGCUUCACGUGGAAUAUGGGUGAUGCCAAGCCGGCCGAGGAAGAACUAGAGCACUGGCUGCCAAAGAAGGGAGGAGACUACGAUCUUGUGGCUGUUGGAGUUCAGGAGUGCAGCUACGAUCCGGGCAGCAGCCCGUCUCGCAACCCGAAACGCCGGAAGUCAUUGAAAGGCAGUGGCAAGGUUCAGCUUCCCAUGCUCUCCGGGGCUGUGGAAGAGGCCUGGCACACUUUGGGUAGCAGUCCCCGCUCCAGCGACAAGAGCCCUGAGCGACGAGUCCGGGAUGUCCGGGAGGAAGCCUUCACUUUCCAUUGGGAUGACAUCCUGGCAGAAAGGCUUGGUGAUGGAUUUACAAGGGUUCAGCAGGUGGUCCUCAUGAGUAUGCGCCUCCUCGUCUUUGCGCGGACGGAGUACUGCGAUGGCACCUUCGAGUGGUGUGGUGGCCCCCUGGUGCACUCUGUGCAGCAAACAUACUCUGCAACAGGGUUGAUGGCCGGCACUGUCGGGAACAAGGGCGGUCUUGUGGUGACGUUGCAAUUUGGGCCGACCCGGCUAUGCUUCGUAAGCUGCCACCUAGCUGCCCACCUCAACGCAGGAGAAAAGCGGAACAGCGACUGCCGGGAGAUACUGCAGGAGACAUGGCCGGUGUGUCAUCCCGACUUGGAUCUCUCCUGCGAGUUCGACCACUGCUUUUGGUUUGGGGAUCUGAACUAUAGGCUUGACCUGGCCAUGUCUGAGCCCAGAGAACUCCCAACGGUGGCUUUGGGCAAGGCAAAGCCCACCUCGGGAAAGGAGAUCCAGACAGGGCCUUCCACCUUGUCGGCUCCUUCAAACCCCUCCAGGCCCGAUCACUUCAGCGCCAUCCUGGACAUGGUCGAAGGGCAGCUCUUUGAUGAGCUGAUGCGGCAUGACCAGCUAAGGCUCUACCGGCAAGCAGGGAAGGCCUUCGUGGGAUUCCGGGAGGGCAACCCAAGCUUCCCUCCGACCUUCAAGGUUGAAAGAGCCAGCGGCACGAAGCACCAAGAGGAGAGAACUCCCUCUUACUGUGAUCGCAUUCUCUGGAAAUCCUUGGAUUCCCUCGAAGGCUGUGUUACCCAGCAGGAGUUGGCAUCACCAGCGGAGGUGACCACCAGCGAUCACAAGCCGGUCUUCGCACGUUUUAAAGUGGAAGCGCCUGCCUCUCUUGGGCAGCUUUUCCAGAAGCAGCUGAGCGCUCAGCUCUCGCCCGAGAAAUUUCCGGUUGUGCGGGUUACCCACCUAAAGGCACGAGGAGUGCCCUCUGGACAAGGAGCAAAGUUCCGCGUGCUCUUCAUCGUAACACCGCUGGAGCUGAACACCGCAAGAUAUGAGAGUGCAGUGAGGCACAUGCGUGAGCCAAUAUGGAGGGCGGAUGAGCUGCCUGUCCUGCGGCCCGCAGCAACGUGUCAGGACGAGUUGAACAGCUGUUCUGUGAUUCUUGUCCUGUACAACAAGAACAUCAGAUUAGGUUCCGUAGGUUUGCGCUUUCCUGGAUACGACUCUUCCCACACUCUGUCUGGGCAGCGCUUUCACUUGGAUUUCGACAAGCCUAUUGUGAACAGGAAUUGUUCGUUCGCAACAGGCCAUCUUUCGGGGAGGUUAGAAGUGGACUGGAGUGAGGAGGCAAUACACGCUGCAAACCUGGCAGCGAGGCUUCCGGCCAAGCCACAGCAGCGGGCAUGCUGCACCCUGCAGUGA